GAGAUUACUGUAUACCAGUCCCUGGGGGAUGGCAUUUUUGGUAAUUCAGCGGAAAUUCAGUGGCUUUGAGAAAGAAUCUAAACGGCAAAUGGCACUUGAUCAGAUCCUUUGAUUUUAAAUUUUAAAGUGAACCCGCACCGUCGAUGCGAAUAUAACCGUUGGGGACGCUCCUUUCUUGUAUCCGCAUUCAAAUUUGAAAUCCUCCGCUAAAACAACCAAAACAAAGAAAGACAGCAAAGAAAAGAAAAAAAGAAAAGAAAAAGAGAGAAGACAUCAUCGGAGAAAUUUCCUAUCCAUCCAUGUAUCGCAUGAAAUCGCCUUCUGAUCGACGGCCGCCGCUUGCUGAAUCUCCUCAACUCCCUCGCGCUCGUCGAGUCUUAUGCUCCAAUGGCACCAUCCAAUCUCCACCUGCUUCGCUGACAAAAACCCAAGUCCCAAAUUGCUCGUGGAAUCUUGAAGGAUCACGUAUUCGACCUGAGUUCCAGUCGGUUUCUUGUGAUUUACGGGCACUGGCAAAGAUGGUUGAAGACGAACUCGGUCACAACAUCUUACCUACUGCGUUUAUGGCCACCAAUACUCAUUCCAGUCCUUUGUUCGAAAGAGGCAGGCUAUACAACGAAUAUUCGGCUCGAAGGAAUGAAAGACUCAAGAGAAAGAAGAUGGAAGCAGAGGAGGAAAAGACCAGUGCAGUUCAUGAUACUGGAGUAUUAGCUGUUGAAUGUGGGAAGAGGAGGAAUGCGAAGAAAACGGAGACAGUACGGAAAUCGGUCCCUGCUAAUUUCUCGGUGGGUCGUAGGGAAGGUUUGAGAUCCUCAACCAGAAUUAGUAAGGAAACCAAGAAGCCAAUUGCAUCGAGAAAUGUUAGCGAGAGGUCUGCUGUUAAUGGAAUUAACAAGACGAUUGGAACUCGGGCAGUCCGGAGAAGCUGAAUUUCGAAUUGAGCUUUUAUCUAAUAUCUUUCAUCAAUCAGAAGAUGGGUUUGCUUUGUUUACUGUUUUUCUUCAAUUAUCUUUUAUUCCAAUGCCGUGUAAUUAGUUUUUAGGCUGAGACUUGUGUUGUUGAACUCAGGUGCAUUUCUUUCUAAGAAAGACAUGGUUUCUGGAA